UACUUAAAAUUUUGUGUCCUAACCUACAAUUCUUAAUUAUAACGUUUUUCCAAUGUGUUUGAAAAUAUCUUCAGCUUUUUGGUAUUCCAAUAUUAUUUUUAUAAUUUAUAAUCGAGUUAGAACAGUGAAUGAAAAAUUUAUUGUAUAUGAAUAAUACAAUAUCUGUGUUUUUCAAAGAAGAUACUUAAAAAUAAUUGGAUGGAAGUUACAAAAUGAAAAAAAGUAAACAAACAGAAACAACUUCUAAUUUUCCAAAUAAACAUUCUAAAUUCGCUAUUGAAAACAGCGAAUGGUUUCCAAAUAAUAUGGCAUCUAAGGAAAUAACACCUUCAAAUGAAACAACCAAUAAUAAACUGUUGAAAAAAAAUUUGAAGAGCCCCAAAGAAAUGAAAUAUCAUAGCGAUUUAUCUGAAUCUUCAGGAUGCGAAGUAAAAAGAAAAAAAAAGAAAUCCAAGAAUAUUUCGAGUGAAAUCAAUAUGGACAUUGAUAAGGCAAGUUCCAGUAUAGCACAUAAUGCUGGUAAUGAACCGAAUAAUUCAGAAGAAUCGAAUAGUGAACUAAAAUUGAAAACUGCAAGUAAAUCUAAAAAAAAAUCUAUUGUAUCACAGGACAUGUUUGAAGGUAGCUCAAAUGAAAUUGAUAUCAACAAUUGUUCAACUAGUUCAACUGAGAAGUUUUUCCCAUUAAAUCAAGAAGCGGAGAAAAUUUAUAUUAAGAAGAGAAAAAAGAAACUGGAGAAUGAUAGCCCCAAGAAAAAGUCAAAAAAACAUAAAACUAUUGAAAACUCAAUUCUAGAAACUGAUAUGGAUGAAAAUGCAAUGUUUUCUUCUAAUGAAGCAAUGAUAAAAGAGGAAAAGAGCAAGAAAAAGGAAAAACAUCAUGGCGAUAUAAAAAAUAAACGAAAAUCUCAAGAUAGUGAAAUGAAAGAAAGUAUUGCAAAUAAUCAAACAAAAAACGAAAUGGAUACUCCAUGUUACGACAUUAAUAUUAAGACGGAGAGUCCAAAAAAAAAGCAUAAAAAACAUAAAACUUUAGACAGUGAGACCGAUAAUGAAAAUGGAACUACCAAAAUAACGGUUAGAGAAAAAGAUUUGUGCAGUGAAGUUAGAAAUGAUUCUCUUUCUGAUUUUGAAACUAUUCGUGUGAAGAAAAAAAAGAGUAAGAUCGAUAAUGAAAAUGGAAGUACUAAAACAGAAGUUGUAGUAAAAGAUUCGUGUGGUGAAGACAGAAAUAAUAAGACUUCUUCUCUUUCUGAUUUAGAAACUAUUCAUGUCAAGAAAAAAAGAAAACUUCAUGCAAAGGAAUUAGCUAGGGAAAAGGAGAAAUGUCAAAAUGAUUCAGCUUGUUCCAUAGUGGAUGGAUUACUGAAAAAACUUGAUGCAAUUAACUCAUCGCGUGAAAAAAAUUCACCCAUUAAAAAGGACACAAUUCACAAAUCUUCAAAAGAUGAAAUUGAAGAGUUUUUGUAUGCAGGGAAAGGCAAAAAGGAUAACUCGGUAAUUGAUGAGUCGACAGCAAAAUCUUCUAUAAGUCUCAAAACUAAUAGUGUCAUGGAAUUAGAUAAAACUACAAAUGUUCCUUCAAUACCUGAUUCAGUUUUGGACAAUUUGCUGCUAAAAUGCGAUGAAAUUGUGCAAGAAGAUAAAGAUAAAUGUUCACAAUUUGAAAAACUAGAGAAAGAAUUCAUUAAAGAAAUGUUCAAUAAUGAAAGAAAGCGUCAUCAAGAAACAGCAUUUGGUAGUGACAAAAAGAAAGAGGUUAUCGAAUUAAUGAAGGAUACAACAAUGUCUGUAGAAGAAUUGAAGGAAAAAUUAGAUAUCACAACUGAUUAUGAUAUGGUGGACCAAUUGAAAUGCAUUGAUAUUGAAUUGCCUUGUUCUUUACCUCUUGUACAUAAAAUUGCUCGCCAAGUAGGUAAUGCUCCUUCUCCUGAGCAAAGACAGGCCCUUGAAGAUGCAGGUAUAAAAUUAAAAUUGGGAAAAUUUACCAAGGAAGAAGAUGAGAAAAUAAAGAAUAAUUGGCUUUUGUUCUGUAAGCUUCAUAGAUGGGACAAAGAUAGUCCAGAGCUCUUUCUGAAGGGUAGCACGAAGUCCACGCAUGGUGUUCUACCCUUUAAAACAUUCAAAAAAUUUUGCCAAUUCAUUUCCCACAACUUUGAAGAUAGAAUUAUGCAUAACAUUUAUUUACGUUUUCAAAGGUUAUACUCUGAGAAAGUAAACAGUUUCACACCUGAAGACGAUGCAAUAAUUAUGGAGUACAAGAAUAAUUCUAAUACAACCCAACCUUUUGCUGAUAUUGCAGUGUUAUUGAAAAGAUCGCGUCUAUCAGUACUGAAAAGAUAUAAGCAACUUGAAAUGCUGAAAAAAUUUGAUAGUGGAAAGAUUGAAUGGAACAAAUAUCUAAUCAAACAACUUUUAGUCAAUUUACUCACAGUUACUGGUUCUAAGAGAGUUUCAGAUUUGAAAGAACGGCGCAUCACGGCAGAAGAAUGGGAAAAGAUAGCCAUAGCAAUGGAUAUACCUGUUAUAAAGCUGACCAGAGUUUGGCAAAAGGAUUUAUAUACGAGAUGUCUCAAUCCUAAUUAUGAGGAUGAAUGUCGAGAUGUGAGAAAUGAACUGAUAGAUCUCUUAUAUAAAAAAAAAUAUAAUGAUUGGCGAGAAGUUGAUUGGAACGAACUAGCCGAAAAGUUCCAUUCAUAUAAUGGUCAAAGGUUAUACAAAAUGUUUCAUGAUAUUAUUAGAAGUAAGGUGCCAAAAGAUGAUCACAAGGAUUUGAGAGCUUGUGUAGAAUGCCUGAAGGAAAAUCCUCCAACUACUAAAAGAAAAAACAAAUUUUGUUUUGUCAGUGAAAUAUUGAAGGAACUAGAAGAACAUGAAGAUUGAAUUUGCCAUGAGAGAAAAUGAAGGAUAAUGAGUAUUUUUGCUUAUUAUCAAAAGCUUUAUUAAAUUUUUGGUUUUAUAUAGGUUCAUAUACAUAUAAGUAUAAUGAUUUAUUUUUUUUUAUUUGUAGUGAUUAGUUCUGUAUAUUUUGUAAUAAUAAUACUUUGAAAUAUGAAUUUUCAAUUGUGAUGAUUCUUAAAAAUCAAUAUCAGCAAUAAAAGAAACCUUGGGACUACAAAA